GAUUUUAUUUCAUCAAUGUUUUUUUUUUCUUCUGCAGGAUUGUGUGCCAACAGUUUCCUUCAGUGUCAUCUAAGAACAUUGGCACUGAGAUGGCUACUCCACAAAAAAUUGUACUCCGUGUACAUAUUGCCACAGACGUUGCCAUGAAGCUCACUCUAAAUGAGCGUCCAAAGUCAGUUGAAGAACUGAAGAGCAUAAUGAAAGAGAAGUUCAAGCCAAAACUGAAUAGUGACUUCGACCUUCAGUAUGAGGAUCCUGACUUUGAUGGACAACUUAGUGUCCUUGUGGACAUGGAAGAAUUGCCAGAAAAGGGUACAUUGAAAGUAGUGAGAGCGGAAUGUGAUGAAAGUUCAACUGCAAGUUCUGAUACAGACAUACUUCCACAUGCACCUUUGACCCUGCGUCAGAAGAGCUGGCCUGAUUCUUUUCCUGUGCCAACUUUUUCUUUUGAAGUUGAACACGUACUUGAAGAAGGAAACAGGUCUGGAAAGCCACUGAUAUUAUCAAGAGCCCAAAAGCACAACAUCCUGGAAAAAAUGGCUGAAACGAUGCACAGCUUCAAACCUUACCCAAAUGACAAGGAAGUGGGGAAGGCAGCUGAAGCUCUAGUUACCGUACAUCCGUGCCUCAGAGAGCUUGGAAGUGACACUGGUUGGUAUGGAUGGAAAGUUAGUUUGAAAUUUAAGAUGGGGAAUUUUCGUUCAAAGCUGGCCAGGUCUGGAUGUGCAGAAGUGUCUGUCAAUGUGGGAAAGAGGAGCAAGAAUAAUCCUGACAGUGAUCACCCCCAUUCCAGUAUUAAACGAGCCCGGCUUUCUGAGGUUAACUUUCUGCCCAACUUUCCCAAGGGAGAGAACCAAGAUACUCUGAAAGACGUACGACUUCAAAUCGUACAAGAACUUGAAAAGGCAGAGAGAAACCAGGUAUUGAUUGCAAAACUAAUGCAGACGUCCUUUGCUCUUCGUCGGCAAGAUAUUGUGAAGGAAGAUCUACCGGUGAAGGAUAUUUUGACGAGCUGGCCAGCCCUACGAAUGGAGUCACAGGUGUUUGCGGAAUUCCACCGCAUAACCAACGUGAAUUUGAGGAACCAGUUCUACUCGGAAUUGGACCGUUGCACACCACGACUGAUCGCCUUGUUGAGGCAGAAGGCACUACACACCGGCAAGAUGGCAUUGGCGCUACGCAAGCUACUUGAGACUUAUGAUCGCCAGGAGGAAAAUGAUGUCAACACAAGACGCACUUUGUUCCUUCGUGCACUUCCUAUUUACCUGCGUGAGGAUGCCUCAGAGUUCUUCAAGACUUACAAUCAUGAAGAAGAGCCAGACAUCGCCGACACUCCUGUCGCCCUUUUCACCACUGGUGAAAACUACUUCAGCUCUGACAGCUUCUUCCUUGUAGUUGAGGGAGAAGUUGUUGUGAGGGAUCUUCCCAGGUUGCCUGAUGCAUUCAUUGUGUCCUUUGGCUUGAUCUAUGCUUUUAAUUUACAAUACCCAAAGAAACUCAUCCACAUGUUCACAUUUGUCCAGAAAGUACUGAUGUUGCUGGAUGAUGGAAAACCACUAAAGCCAUGUGUGCUCAAUCUGAAAAAUGAGUUGUUGAGAAACUGAAGCAACCAACCAU